AUGGGUACAAAUUAUAUAAAACGUAAUCCAAGAAGAAAAUUUCCUUUUACUAAUAAAUCUUUAAAUGAUCAAUGUUUUAAUAUUAUUCCAAAAUUAAAUUCUUUUGAUGAUUUAUCCUCUUCAGAAUCUCAAGAUUUAUCUUCUGAAAUUUUAAAUUCAAAAGUUAUUUUAACUUCCGAAUUACCUCCUCUUCAGGAGAAUAUCAUCCAAAUCUCUUCCGUUGAACCGGAAUCAAUUUGUAAUACGUUAGUAGUUGAACAAAUCUCAUCGGAACAAAAUGUUGAAUCCGACAUAAAAAUGAAAAGUGAUAACAUUUCUCAGUCUGUAAAAAUAUUUACUGAAUAUGAAGAUUCAACAGUUACACCGCUGAAAAUUGAAUAUACUGACCUGAAAACAACAACAACAGAAGCAACAGAAAAAGCAAAAGAAGUAACAGCAAUAGCAACAACAGAAGAAUCAACAUCAAUAGCAACAACAGAAGCAACAGAAAAAGUAACAAUAGAAGAAGUAACAGCAAUAGCAACAACAGAAGAAUCAGCAUCAAUAGCAACAACAGAGGAAAAAGCAGUAACAGCAACAACAGAAGAAACAACA